AUGGAAACCAAAUCACCCAUAAAUACAAAUACGGAUACAAAUACAAAUCUUCCCUCAACACAAACAGCGCAUUCUGAUAUCCCAAUGGUGGUGGAAAAUCACAAUCACAGUCACAAUCACAAUCCUCACGCUAAUACUGGAGCCGAAACCGGAACCGAAAGUCGCAAUGCAGUAAACACAAGCCAUUUGGAGAUUAAUACUCAACCUCCUCCUCCUUCAUACAACGCGCACGCUGAUCAGCAUUCGAGUGAGAAGAGGACUGUGGAGAAUAAUCACCAUGGAGGGAAUGAAAAUGAAACUCCGCCGCAAUUUCAAAUACGGCCGGAUGUGUUGAUGAAUGCGAGUGGAGGAGGGAAUGGGGGAGGAAAAUAUGAAGGUCAAUAUCCGGCGCCUCUCACGUCGCUGCAGAAGGAAUCGAGAUUGGUGAGGUGUCCGAGGUGUGGGGUGUGUGAGUAUACGGGGGUGGAGUGGGUUAGUGGGGGGACUGCUGAUAUCUCAGCUCUCCUCUGCUGUCUUUGUUUCUGUCUUCCGUGCGUACCGUAUCUCAUGACUAGCUUUAAGGAUGUACAUCAUAAGUGUGCAAAUUGUGGAUUUUUGGUUGCGGUUUGGAAAAGAAGUGGAAAGACGGAGGUGAGUGUUGCGGCUAGUGCGGCUGCUGCUUCUGGGAAUGCGGGUGGGGUGGGCGGUGCUGGAGGGAAGUAGAGAGGAGGAGAUGUGGACGUGAAUGUGGAUUUGGAUUUGGAAUUUUGAGUUGGGUUGCGUUAGCUUGGGUUGGAUGGGUGUUAUGGUAUGAGGCCUGGGUUUUGGAGGGUGUUUGGAGGGUUUUGCGUUUUAAUUUGAUAUCCAGUGCUUUGAGAUGUUUUUCUCCUGGAGGGAGCACGAGAGGAUUUGGGGGGAAGUUUGGGGAUUAGGAUCGUAUCUUUGUUCGUCUAUUUAAUCUUCUCUCAUUUGGAAACGAACGGCAACAAACGUUUGUUGUCAUCUAUUCCGCGGUUUUGUGGAAAAUUCAUAUUUUGUUCGGCAAUUUCAACACAAUCCUGUCAAACAAAUCACGAUAAUCUGUUCUAUGUUGUUUCGAUAUAAAUAUUUCUUAUUCUCCGGAACUUCCCCAUCUUCAGUCGGUCUCGCUCUUGCUCUUUUGUUUGUAUGGCCAAAGUCGUGGGUUUGUGGUAAUUUAAAUAUUGGAGGCUUGUAAGAUUUUGAGUUCUAGUGAAUAAAUGAGAGGGGGGUGGAGGGGGUGGCUUUCUCUUCUGCUAGUAGCGGGUGAGGCGACAGGGUCGC